AUGAUCGAAGAUGCAUACGCUCUUCGGUCCAAAGGGGUUGAUAUUCCAUUCAACUACAACGCUGGAAAUAUCCAGCAAGAUGCUCCUCCGGUGAAAAAGUAUUUUGAUACUAGCAUCUUUUUGAACCCAUUUGCAACCCAGAUUACCUCAUCGGCAUUGGGACCCCGUCCGAAAUGGACAUUUUGUUCCGGAAAUACUGCUAUGCCACCCACAGCAGAGUACCCUCCCAUGUCCCAGCCUGUUCAUUCAGAUGCAGACUUUGCGCAUCCGUCUCACCCAUUUGCAUACGUGAUCAACGUGCCUCUUAUCACAAUGACUCCUGAGAACGGCUCCACUGAAGUGUGGCUGGGAACACACGCCGACAGUGGACUUCACGUUCAAGAAGGACUGCACGGUGAGCGUUCAAGCGGUCGAAUCAAGCCAGACGAACUUGAGAAACGCCGUGCGGACAGACCUCCCUGCCAGCCUGUUGUGCCAAAGGGCUCUCUGAUCAUCAGAGACCUGCGGCUUUGGCAUGCUGGAGUCGGUAACCAGACUGAAACCCCGCGAGUGAUGCUGGCAAUGAUUCAUUUGGCAUCUUGGUAUCGAAACCCCAUGACGCUAGAGUUCGCAGAUGACUUGAAGCCUGUCAUUGAAAGUCAGAGUGAUGUCGAAAUUCCAGUGGACUGGGUGACUAACUCUGAAGCCCUUUCACGUUAUUUGAACCGCGGCUUUGGUAAUGCCUAUGAUUUUGACCAGCAGCCCUGA